UUUGACUUUAGAUGUGGGAUGGUUCUAGAUUGAGCUGUUAAUUUCCAGCCACAGGAUGAAGUGUUGGUGGCUGAAACUCACCGAUUCGUGUUAGAGAAAGGGUGGGUUAGAGUAUUAGAUGUCCCUUAGCUCGAGAGGAACAAUGGGAUUUUAAAAGGGUUGGAGAGUUCGUGUGAUGAGGUUUGGGAGGUGGUGAGAUUCAAUGCUCCAUUGUAGGCAUGUGGACUCAGCUAAUAAAUUGAUAAAACGUAAUGAAUACUAUAAUGUCUUGUCCAAACAAACGUCUCCAUGUCUCUCUCCAGGAUAAUUUAAUGUGACAUAUUUGUAAAUAAAUCUAAGUUAUCAUAAUGACUGUCUAACAAUGUUUCCAUUUUAGGUAGUUAAUAUUGACAAGGAUGACCUAGACGCAGAUACUUCCUCUUAUCACUGCAAUGUUAUCCGGCACAUCCCCUUAGAAUCCAUGGAUCCUUCUCUAGCAAUUGGAUUUUAUUGUCGAGACAAAGAUGAUUUCGAUGAUUUCUGUUAUCGGGCAUCAAAGUUGGCAGACGAGUCGGAUGGAGCGCCAUUGUUCACGGUUGCUGAAACACAUUCCACGAAUUCAGGGAGACAGGGCAAUGCAUUGGAUAACUGUAGUAGGUUAGCGGAGGGCGAUACUGAUGGCAUGGUGCACAUGCCGAACGAAGAGGAGGAGGCACAUGAGGAUGACUGGCAAUUCCUUUGAUGAAAAUAGAACCUGUUUGGGAAUCUGGGAAAGGGAUGGUAUCCUUCCUUGAUUAUUGCUCCAGGCUUGCUUCCCAAGUUCCCCU